AUGAAGCAGCGCGAUAUGUUCAAGAGUCGUGUGAAGCGACUACUCAAGGAGCAGAAAGACAUGGGUCAAGUGACUGAAGCCGCAGCGGUCACUUGCUCCUCGAUCUUGAAGGUUUUCGUAAGGGAUAUAGCGACUAAAAUGCAGAACCACAAAGUGGAAGGAGGUGGUUUGACACCAGUUGAACUAAAGAAAAGUAUACUGGCAAGUAGCGAACUCAGUUUCCUGCACGAAAAGGUGGUAGCUAUUGAUGAGAACAAUGCAAAAUACCACAAACGUGCUCGUAGAAGCCAAAAACGGAACUUGAAGACAACUGCCAAGAAAUCGACUACAUCAGCUGCCAAAAGUCUAAAAAAACCGCGAACAUUGAAGACGAAGAAGACUACCGAAAGAGAAACGGUGUUAGAGCAAAUACUUGGCAAAGGAUCGAUACGUGAUGGCGUCGGAGGUGAUGAUGGCAGCUCAGCUCGAAAGUGCACUUUGGAUAUUGAGGAGGAUGAAAACUACGACGAGAGCGAUAGCGAUGAGUGA